AUGUUUUCACAUCAAUAUCUAGGCCUGACCGGCCGAGCCCUGCGCAUGGCUCAAGUCAUCUUGGUCGUGACUCCAGCAUUCAUCAUUUUCGGCUACAACCAAGCCGGCGCAGGCCCUCUAGCAACUCUCGAAAGCUGGGUCAAGAUCUUCCCCGAAAUCGACACCAUUCACACCGAGGGCGCCGAGGAGGCCAAGAACUCUACGGGCAAAGGUGCCGUCCUCGCUGCCUUUCAAAUCGGCGCUCUACUCGGUGCCCUCUCUUGCACCUUGAUCUCGGAUCGUCUCGGGCGUCGAAAGACAAUUUUCUUGGGCGGGAUUCUCACUGUCGUCGGCCAGAUCUUACAGGUGUCUGCAUACUCUGUUAUUCAGUUCACCGUCGGUCGUGUCAUUCUGGGAAUGGGCGUAGGCCAGUUUAGUGUUGCGGUGCCCGUCUGGCAAUCUGAAUGCUCGGCUGCCAAAAGUCGCGGGCAGCAUGUUAUUGCUGAUGGCAUCUUUAUGUGCCUCGGGUACGCGCUAUGCAACUGGAUCGACUUUGGAUUCAGCAAGCUCCCCGAAGGCGACACAGGCCAGUGGCGCGGGCCGCUGGCUCUGUCAUUUUUUCCGUCUUUGGUCAUUCUGGCAUCGGUCUUCUGCUUGCCCGAGUCACCUCGCUGGCUGGUUCGUGUGAAUCGAGCCGAUGAAGCGUCUUUCAAUCUUGCUGCGUUGAAAGGAAAAGACCCGAGCGACGAGUCCGUCAAGUCUGAGAUUGCAGGCAUUGAGGUGUCUCUUGAGGCCACGGCACAGUCCAGAGGUGCGAUCCGUGAGAUGUUCUCCAAGGACGACGAUGAACGUCUACUAUAUCGAUUUUGCCUUUGCAUCGUCCUACAAUUCUUUCAGCAGAUGUGCGGCGGCAAUCUCAUUUCAGUCUACGCCUCGACAAUCUUCGAACAGAACCUACACCUGAGCCCUAGCCUCUCAAAAAUCCUCGCAGCCUGCGCUCUGACGUGGAAAUUCCUCUGUUGCUUUAUCGCCUUCUUUUCCAUCGACCGGCUGGGCCGACGGGCAGUUUUCAUGAUCAGCGGCACUGGAAUGGCAGUGUGCAUGGCAGCCCUAGCCGUGACAACUAGUUUCGGCCCAGACAACAAGCGCGCAUCGAUCGGUUCGGUGGUCUUCAUUUUCCUCUUUAACCUCUUCUACCCGAUCGGCUUUCUGGGCGGCAACUUCUUAUAUUGCACCGAAGUUGCGCCGGUACGUCUGCGCGUUGCCAUGUCGUCCAUCUCGACGGCCAAUCACUGGCUAUGGAAUUUCGUCGUCGUUAUGGUGACUCCCGUGGCGCUGGAUACUAUCGGGUACCAGUACUAUAUCAUGUAUGCGAUUCUGUCGGCGUGCAUCCCCGUUCUUGUAUACUUCUUCUAUCCGGAAACGAUGAACCGCAACCUUGAGCUGCUGAACCUUGUGUUUCGGGACGCGUCGUCGCCGUGGCAGAUUGUCUCUAUGGCACGCCAGCUGCCCCAGGGCGAGGUUACUGGGGUGGACUUGAUGUCCCGGAACAAUGAGAAAGAUGACGAGUGCUCGGUCGAGAUGAAAGAGAAAGUGUGA